GCCAGGAUCUGAUGAGCUCCCAGGUGACGCAGGCUGGAGAAUUGAUUCUUGAUCUCCCACUCCUUUGCCUUCAGCAGGCAGCUGGAUACAAAGAGCACACACACACACCAUCUGAUGAUGGUAUCUGGGGCUGAACAAUAGGAAUAUCAGACACAACUAAGCAGAUAACUGCAGCCCUUUACACAGAGCUUAUUGCAGGUUCAGCACUAAACUCCUGGACAGCUCCUCACCAGCCUCAGAGAAUAGCCCUCUGCCCAUCAUCAUCUUUAUCAAUUGCAGGAGGCUCUCUGCUAGUCCAUCCUUUACAUAUUGCAUCUGUAUCAGGACAAGCCAGGGCUCCCUUGAUCUGUGACAAGAGCUGGUCCAGGGAAUCCCUCUCUUUCUGAGCAAUUUCAGAAUCACACAAAAAAAGGUUGAUCAGGGACAGACAGCGCUGUGACAAAUGGGUCUUAAACAGCAGUUUACCAUCUUGCUUGCUACCUUUGGGCUUGUGUGUCAAACGCAUGGCUUUCCAAACCCCAGCAUUAACCAAGAUAAAGCUGUGCACAAUAGGGAAUUGAGUGUAGAAAGACCUUUGGAAGAACAGAUAGCAGAGGCGGACACUGUGAGCAAAGAACCCAGCAAAGAAAACAGAGAGAACUUGCAAAAUGAUUCCUUUGUGGAUGAUUUAAACUCUCUAUUGUCCGAAGCAGCAAAAGACAAAAAUGUAAAAAGAAGCAUUUUUACAAAGAAUUUGGCCGGUCAUCAUAAAACAUCUCCGGAAGACGCAGAUUCGACAAAGAACCUGAAACCAGUGGAGUAUUUUGAUUCCACAAAAAGUGGAUUGGAUUAUAAAUUUGAAGAUGAUCCUGACGGCCUUCAUCAGUUAGAUGGGACUCCUUUAACAGCAGAAGAUAUUGUUCAAAAAAUUGCAGCGCGGAUAUAUGAAGAGAAUGACAGAGCAGUUUUUGAUAAGAUCGUUUCCAAACUUCUUAACCUUGGCCUGAUUACUCAAAGCCAGGCCUACACAUUAGAAGAUGAAGUGGCUGAAGUAUUACAGCAACUAAUUGCUAAUGAGGCUAAAAAUCAUGAAAAGGUAUCAGAAAAUCUGAAUUAUCCAGAAGUCAGAGGAGACGUCGAUGCAGAUGAAAAACAGGAGGGUAUAACGAAAACACAAGACGAGGAUGCAGAACUGCGAAAAGGAGAUAAUGACGAAGAAGAGAGAUCCUUGACACCUUCUGCUACCUUAGAAAGAAGAAACGAGUUAUCAGCAGAGGACAAUUUCGAUGAUCUCCAAUACUUCCCAAACUUUUAUCGACUUAUUAAAAGUUUGAACUCAGAAAAUGACGCCAAAGAGAAAGAAACAUUGAUAACGAUAAUGAAAACGCUCAUCGACUUUGUGAAAAUGAUGGUGAAAUAUGGAACAAUCACACCAGAAGAAGGAGUCAAAUAUUUGGAGAACCUCGAUACCAUGAUUGCUGUACAAACCAAGAAUAAACUUGGAAAAAUCUCAGUACUUCAGAAAAACAACUUUGCAGCGGAUAGACCUGACGAAGAGUCUGAUAGCACUAAAGAAGAAGCUGCCAGGAUGGAAAAGGCAUACAAGACAGCAAUGGAUUCCACAAAAUUAGAAGAAACAGAAGACUCUACGGACAAUGAGAAGCCAGAAGGUAAGGCGGACACAUAUUUAGAAGCAAUCCGAAAGAAUAUCGAAUGGCUGAAGACGCAUAACAAACAAGGGAGCAAAGAAGAUUAUGAUCUUUCCAAAUUGAGAGACUUCAUUAACCAGCAAGCUGAUGUCUACUUACAAAAAGGAAUUCUGGAUAAGGAAGAAGCUGAAGUCAUUAAACGUAUUUACAGCAGCCUUUAAAAAGAAAAAAAGGAAAAAAAGGCAACUUUUUCCUACUGUGGACAAAUAUGCUUUAGAUUUAGAAUAUUCCACCAUGAUCAGAAAUCAACUCUUUCCAGUGUGUCAUUAGAGAAUACUCCGCUCCCAGUACGUCAACCUAAUGUUUAGGUGCAAGGGCCUGUUAGACCAGUGCAGUGGCCAUAGUUGCCCUUUUUGUGUUUUUAUGUGUACAAUCUCAACAUUAAGGAGAGAAUUUAAGGAUAAUAGGCCUUCUUCUCAAGAAGGUGUCACUGAUAAGCCUUUGACCAGUUACUGUAAUUUCACAUUAUUGAUAUCUCUCAGCUAUUAUAUAGAAGAUAAAUAAGCCAUAGUAAUAUAUGUCAGCCUCUCUUUCUUCCCAAGAGACAGAUAAGUCAAGGCAGUCAAUGAAUGGCAACAUCCGUGUACUCUUGUGAUCAUUGAAAUAAAAAGACAAAAAGGAAACUGACAAUAGCCAACAAAAGGAAAUGUAACCCCACGGGUAUUUAGUAUGGGCUUCUAAACUAAUUCUACCUCCCACUGAAAUGUUGUAGAGCUUAUGGACAGAGAUAAGAUUUUCUCGAAAGACUGCAGCUUUAUCUUAGAUGGCACCCGUUGGAGCUUAUGCUUAUAUGGUAUAUUAAUGAAAGAAUUGAAUACACUUGGUUUUCCUGGAUGCGGUAUAAGAAUUUCCUUAAUGUGAAUAUGUUUCCACUUAUUGGUAUUGAAGCUCCAUUUAAAAGACAUUGAUGACGUUGACAGUGGGUCAGGCUUACAUUCUUACUUGCAGGCUCUCCUCAGUACAGAACUUCUGACUUCAUCUAUCCAUUGACCUUUCCAUUAAAGAAAAACCUCCCAGCUGGCAUAGUGUAGCAUUAUGCAGGUUCUAUAUUAUGUAGAAUAGAUUUUUAUUAGUGUUUAUUCUAUGAAUACCCACCAAGCUCGCACACAUGGAAACCACUUAGAGGUGUCAUAAGCACAUGCCCAUAAUGUUUUAUGUGGAACCUUAACUUACUGAGAGUAGAUGUGCCAUACUUGUGGCCUAUUUCAGAUAUUUUGCAGUUCAAAUAGGAGAUAAGAGUUGCUUUCAUGGUGAAACAUUUUCAUACAAAUCUAAAUUUUGGAUGUCAUUAUCAGGCUCAUGGUCAUUGCAGCUUCCAACGUUUAGCACCUCUCAUCUACAGUGUAAUAGUUUGUGCUCUGUCACGUUGCAGAUUCUGUUUUUAAAUCAAUCAUCUUCUGUCCCUCUAUUUCUUCUUGUUUUUUUUAAUUCACCUUAGUUUUUUAGUUAUGCAUAGGCAAAUGUAGGAAUUACCUUUUUUUAUGGGGAGCAUGAUCUUUGUAAUUUUUUGGGAAUAGACAGAAUUUGAGCAAAGUUUCAUUUCAGUUGCUAAGUAACUUAAGCCACAAUCCACCAGUCAAAAGAAUCCCACAGUUGCUCAAACGGCAGACAUCAUGGACAAUGGAAAACAAAAUGGAGGUGCUCAGGUAUAGAGAUCCAGUACAAGUAAGAAAAUAAAUCUAAAUAAAGGCACGUGGUGGUGAUGGUGGGGUGUAAUCAUUAAGAUGCAAGGGGUAUAAGGAAAGGAAAA